AUGGAGCGCCCUCAGUUUUGUCGACCAGAACUCCUAAAGCUUGCCUAUCGGAAGAUUGGCCAGUACCAGAGAAUUCAGCAACCCAAAAGGAAAAGUGGCUCAUUCAAAGGGAAGGGGAUAGAGAGAUGGCAAAGAGCUGUGUCUAGCCACUUAGCCAAGCAGAACGUGUUGGUCCCCAAAGAGGAAUCACUGAAUGAAAGUGAUGUGGGGUUUCAUGAAGGCAGAAGCAACCGAAAGAGAAAUCUGGUGAAGAAGAUGAAGAGCGCUGUUGGGAAAAUGCUGUCUUGCAAAUGUGGAAGCCAGUCAGCCAAUGCUGGCAGGGAGAGCUUUGUGGAGCAGAAGGGAGCAGUCCCUUCCAACACACAGGGCCUGCUGCCUAGACUUGUGAAGGAACUUCCAUCUCCCAGGUUAUUUACCAAGCCGAGGAUGAGGAAGCUCUCACAGACUGCAACUAUACAGCUUGAUGUUGUAGAAGCAGAGACAGAAGAGGUGACUGGAGGAAAUGGGCUUCUCCGAGCCAAGAGAACCACCAAGAGAUUAUCUGUGACGUCACUUCCUUCAGGGCUGCAGAAGGCACCAUACUCAUCAAAAAAGAGACCACACUUCCCAGCACUAAAGAAGAAGCAGAGCAUGCAAGCCAUCCUCCGGAAAUCAGAGCUGACUGUAGGCGAGCUGCAAAUGCAGGUGGACGACCUCAUAGAAACAGUGACUGACAAAUCCAUGAAGCUUUUGGAACAAAGACACGCUGAGCUUAAGCAGUGUGAGUCUCUAGGAGCUGAGAUCCUUCAGUCUUCCAAGCAGUUCCAAAGGCUUUCCAAGAGAACCACGAGGAAGUAUAAGCUGCGAAGCGCAUGCUUUCCCUGCACCUGCUGCUGCUGCUGCUGAGUUCCUAGUACACAGCCCAGCCACAAAGAGGACCCUGCCUCAGACACACAGGGUGGACCAGCAGCAGCCGGAGUCAUCUGAAUCUAACCCCAUGCUACAGCAGGUGCAGUCCCUCACACGUAAACACAUGCACUCUGCACGCAUGCCCCAAAGUAGGUAUUUUAAAAAAGAUUCCCCAAGAACAAAACACAGAAGAGAAGCAUUUACCAACCAUGUUCCUUAAAUACUAACAGAGAGAAAUGCAGAAAAGCAAUGCAGAUGAACUGAUCUCAUACAACAAUACAAUUUUUUUAAAAGA